AUGCAGGUGGUUGUUAUAACUGCCGCCGUAAACCAGGUGACCCUGGAUGGGUCCAACAUCGUCAACAUGAUUGUUUGGGCGACCCUGCAGCAGGUAUCCCGCCCCGAGCAAUGCGAGGCUGACUACUAUUCGCCGGGUGUUACCACAUUCCCUGCACGUCGUGUUGCUGCUGUGAUGCCUUCGUUUCCGCACGACAACGUUUUCGACUCGGACUCUUCGGACGAUCUCUCGACACGUGAAGACUGA